GCUAGAAGACUGUUCAUAGUAAAUGAUAGCGUAGAUCAAUAGAUUUUGAUUGUUAAAUAACUUUACGAAAUAAAACAUUAACAAACGAUAUUAGUCGAACAGUGAGAUUUUGUCAUAAAACAAAAUCUAACAAACAAGAUUAUAAGCACAAUUCGACAAACAAAAUCGCCAAUUUUCCAUGGAUUUUUUAAGACAAGCUCAUCAUGACUGGACAAACCAGAUUGAUCCACGAGGAGAUAAUUUGCCUUUAGUCAAGUCUUCCUAUCAGGUGCCACUUUUAAUAGUCGCGUAUCUCUAUUUAGUAUUUAUUUAUGGGCCUCGAUUUAUGAAGAACAGGCAGCCAUAUUCAUUAAAAACAUUUAUAAAAUGGUACAAUAUCAUCCAAAUUGUAGGAAACGCUUGGUUGGUUUACGAUCACAUCGAUGCCGGUUUAUUUUCAAACUCAAAAUUAAUAUGCCCUGUCAUUCUUGACUACUCCUACAAUGAUACUCCAAUGAGGUUAGUUAAGUGCGCAUGGUAUUUUUUUCUGUUAAAAAUAUUGGACUACGUCGAAACGGUCGUAUUCAUAUUACGGAAAAAAAAUAAUCAAGUGUCUGGUUUGCAUGUAUAUCAUCAUAUAACUACCUUGCUUUUCGCAUGGGCAGCCGUAAGAUAUUAUGCUGUUGCCCCCAUACUAUUGAACAGCUUAGUUAACAGUGGCAUACAUGUGAUAAUGUACACCUACUACUUCCUAGCAGCGUGGGGACCGGAAGUUCAAAAAACUAUAGCACCUAUGAAGAAAUGGAUAACUAUAGCACAAAUGGUGCAAUUCGUUGUAUUGAUCACGUAUCUGUUGCAAAACGUUUUGCCAGGUUGCAAAGUCGAAUCGCAUUGGAAGGUCUUCUUGUUCAUCGGAAAUUUAAUGAUAAAUUUCUAUCUAUUUUAUGAUUUCUAUCAAAAGACAUACAACAAACCUAAGAGAAAGACGUAAUGGAUUGUUAUGCAAAAUCGUCGUUUGUUGAUUCUAUAUAAUCGAAUGUUGUAUUAUAAACUUAUCGGAAUAAAAAAAUAUUUUAUUUUUUUUCGUAUAAU